AUGAAUGAGAAGGUAACGAAGAAGUCCGUGGGAGUAAAGAGAAAAUUAUCUGAUGGUUCUAAACCGAAGGUGUCAAUAAAAAAGCCCAAAUUGCUUCCCUCUGUUCGGUUAUCUGACCAGCCUCCAGCACGCAAACCUCAAUGGACCAAUCGGGAGCGUGUUUUGGUUAUCUCUUCCAGAGGCAUAUCUUAUGUUGGGCGUCAUCUAAUGAAAGAUUUGGCACGUAUGUUGCCACAUAGUAAAACUGACUCAAAACUUGAUGACAAAAAAGGGAUAACCACUCUUAACGAGUUGGCAGAAAUGAGCAACACUAAUAAGGUUUUAUAUUUUGAAGCUCGUAAAAAGAAAGAUUUAUACUUAUGGCUUAGUUGUGUACCAAAUGGACCAUCAGCUAAAUUUCUUGUUGAAAAUAUUCGUACAACAGCAGAAUUAAAGUUGACUGGAAAUUGUUUGAAAGGCAGUCGUCCUAUCCUAGGAUUUGAUUCAUCCUUUGAAGAGUCAAGCAAGCCUCAUGUACAAUUGUUACGUGAAUUAUUUGUACAGACAAUGGGUACACCGAAUCAUCAUCCACGUUCACAACCGUACAUUGAUAAAACAUUCACAUUUGUUAACUUCAAUGAUCGUAUAUGGUUUAGAGUGUAUCAAAUUGCUGAAGAAAGUGGGGCAUUAGUUGAAGUUGGUCCACGUUUCUCAUUGAACCCUAUCCGUAUAUUUGCUGGAAGCUUCUCCGGUGCAGUAUUAUAUUCUAAUCCAAAGUACAUUUCACCUAAUAUAAUUCGAAGUACUCUAUUGUCUAAAAAACAGAACAGGUAUAUUGAACGUACACAUGAUAAAAUGGAAUCACGUAAACGUAAAAAGGAGAUGA